AAAACGUAUAUGAUGAUAUUUUUGCACUUUAGGAUUUGGUGGAGUUGUACUCCGUCUCUCAUCAAGGCAGCGUGCACUUUGACCCAAAGGAUAUCCUGUGCCUUCCCAGCAGUUGCAGCCCGAGCACGGAAAAAAAUAUUUUUUCAUUGCAUUUUCAUCAACGCAUUAAGACAUUCUUCCGAAGCAGAAGACAAGACCAUUGACAAUGAUGGAAGAGGUGCAAGAAGAGGCGCCUUGUCUGAGUGUUCAUGGUCAUACCGUGAAGGUUACAGAGGUGCUAAAGGACGGCGAUGGACUUAACUUUCUGAUUGUGUCUCAAAAAUUGUCUGGAACCGGGGAGUACCACGUGUACCGGACCUAUGAGGACUUUGAAUGGCUGCAGCAGCACCUGUUCACACAGGAAGGUGUCCCCGGAAUACAAGGGGUCAUAUUUCCUCCUCUUCCUGCAAAGGCGCAGGUGAAUGCAUCGGCUAAGGUCGUCAAACAGCUGGGUUUCCUUGCUUUGGAGGAGUUGCAGCCAUACUGUGCUGCACUAGAGACCUUCCUCCACCAGGUGGCAGCACAUAGCAUACUCAGCAAAAACAAAGAUUUAGAGAGCUUUCUCACCAGCUGUGAACCGCCGGGUCGACAGCGAGUGCGGAAAACCAUUUUCAACCGACUGAGUCAAGCCGUGGAAGAGAUGAGGAAAGAAAGCCACAAGGAUGUGGACGAGUUCUUUCAAACCAAACGAGAUGUCAACCUUGCUCUAACCAGCGGCACCAAGAAUGCUAUGGAGAAAUUCCUGGACGUGGUACUGACGGAGCAAAAAAUAGCAGUGGCCUGUGGCCACUUUGCAGCCUCCCUGCAUUUGUGCGUGGAAUCAGAAGACGAUCCUGACAAAGCGGCUUUUUCCAAGAUUUGUGUGAAAUUAUCAGACGUCUUUGAGUCUAUGAAGAAAAACAUGACAAACGUUGCAAAGAAUGACAUCAACACUCUUGGGCUGGGUUUGGAUCUGGAGUCACGCUAUCAGGAGGCGGAAAAGGAGAUGCUUUUCAGAAGGACUUGUAAAUUGUUGGAGUUAGAAACUGCCAGAAAGAAUGCAGAGAAGGCCAAACCAGUCAAGAAGGCAACUGUCGACGGAUAUGGGGUCCCUCGGUGAACGGUGGAAGUUACACUAUUCUGUACCAGCGGUGGACCGCUCUGUGAACAACCAUACCUCUGAUUAUUAUCUUCACAUUACAGGCAAACGAUGGUGGUUGAGGAAAGAAAGGAAGUGUUUUUAAUGCUUAACCCGCUAGCGCCGCCCUAUCGGCUCCCUGGAGCAGUUUUUAAAAAGAGAUUGAAAUUUCAGCGGUUCUUUAACUCCCCAUAGUGUGGACUCUAACUGUGGACAGUUGUUUUACAUGUAAACUCUUCCACUGCUUCUUUGUCUCAUUUUGUCCACGAAAUGUUUUAUACUGUGCGUGAAUGCACAAAUGUGUGCUUUGUUGAUGUUAUUGAUUUGUUAGAGUGCUAAUCAGGCAUAUUUGGUCCGUGCAUGACUGCAAGCUAAUAAAUGAUAACAUGCUAUUUAGGCUAGCUGUAUAAACAUAUUACAUCAUUAUGCCUCAUUUGUAGGUAUAAUUUAGCUCUUUUAAUAUACUUUACUUUUAUCCUCUUUGUAUAUAAUUUAGUUUUGCAUGUCUCAUGACAAAGUUUCUGUAUGUAAUAUUGGCUGCAUUUCUGAUAGUUGUUUGUGUGUCAUGUUGUUCCAGACCACAGCAAACAUUACCUAGAUUGUAAUAAAUUUGUUAAAAGAAGACAGCCUGCCAUUUGCUUUAACUUGGACACACACAUCUAUACCUUUGGCCACUAAAAGCCAGUAAUUUCCAGGAAUUAUCUCACUUUCUGUGUAGCCUUGGAUUUACUAAUGUUUUCUAAUGUAUAAAUGUAUAGCAUAAAUGUUACAUUUCAACAUAUCUGACAACGAAGAUUUGCGUCACCCUCUGACAUGUAGUCAUUUUGAUAGUAGGCUAUUGUAGCUAAUAUAAACAUUAAGAUGUGUUGCCUUCAUUAUAAAACUCAUAGGGCUUUAAAUUUUUGGAGACAGACAAAUUAUUUUUUUGUAUUUUUGGUCCAAUAUAGCUCUUUCAACGUUUUGGGUUGCCGACAACAUAAGUUGUUUAAAGGGGAACAUUAUCACAAUUUCUGAAAGGGUUAAAACCAAUAAAAAUCAGUUCCCAGUGGCUUAUUUUAUUUUUUGAAGUUUUUUUCAAAAUUUUACCCAUCACGCAAUAUCCCAAAAAACGGCUUCAAAGUGUCUGAUUUAACUGUUGUUAUAUCCACCUGUCCAUUAUCCUGUGACGUCACAGCGUGACCACACAGAAACAAACAUGGCGGAUAGCACAGAAAGUUAUCGCGAUAUUAGCUCGGAUUCAGACUCUGAUUUCAGCGCCGUAAGAGAUUCAACAGAUUACGCAUGUAUUGAAACGGAUGGUUGGAGUGUGGAGGCAGGUACCGAAAACGAAAUUAAAGACGAAACAGAAGCUUUUGAGCCAUAUCACGACAGACAGCGGCACAGGAGGAAGCGCGGACGAAUUCGGCGAUCGCCUUCUAACCAACGAUCGGUAUAUGUUUGUUUGGCAUUAAAUGUGGAUGGAGGGAAAAGCUGGAUGCAAAUAUAGCUACAAAUGAGGCAUAAUGAUGCAAUAUGUACAUACAGCUAGCCUAAAUAGCAUGUUAGCAUCGAUCAGCUUGCAGUCAUGCCGUGACCAAAUAUGUCUGAUUAGCACACUCCACAUAAGUCAAUAUCAUCAACAAAACUCACCUGUGUGAUUUUGUUGACUUUAUCUUUGGAAAUGCAUCUGCUUUGAGUGUCGCAGGAUAUCCACACAUUCUUGCCAUCUCUGUCGUAGCAUAGCUGUCGUCGGUACAGUGUGCAGAACAAACGCGGGAAUUUCGCAUCUUUUGACCACUGGUGCAACUUGAAUCCGUCCCUGAUCGUGUUGUUACACCCUCCGACAACACACCGACGAGGCAUGAUGUCUCCAAGGUACCGGAAAACAGUCGAAAAAACGGAAAAUAACAGAGCUGAUUUGACUUGGUGUGUGUAAUGUGUUUGAGAAAAUGGCGGGUCGCUUCAUGAUGUGACGUCACGGGUGAAAGGUCAUGGCUCCGACAGGUGAACAAUUGAAAGGCGUUUAAAUCGCCAAAUUCACCCUUUUAGAGUUCGGAAAUCGGUUAAAAAAAACAUAUGGUCUUUUUUCUGCAACAUCAAGGUAUAUAUUGACGCUUACAUAGGUCUGGUGAUAAUGUUCCCCUUUAAAUGAACACACCAGUGCAGCUUUGUUGUGCAACUUCUUGUGGCGUUCUUUGGUUUGUAUGCGCGGGAGCAUCUCCGGGUUUGCGUGAACAAGCGAUGAGGCGUGCGAGCGUGUUCCGACUGUAAAAGGGAAGUGUUCCAUUUGAGAGACAGGCAUUGGAAUGACAGCUUAAGCCAGCAGACGUCAGUAGAGUAGUGCUGUGUAAACACUGAUUACGAUGCUGUAUAAAGUAUGA